AUGCAUUUCAGUCGCUUUUCCAUCCUCUCCCUCGCUCUAUCUCCCCUAGCAUUGGCAGCUGUCAUUCCAGAAAUAAUUUCCAGGGGAGAAAACAGGAUCGAAGACAACCGCGACGAAGCUGUCUUCCUCGUAAGCUGCACGAUCUAUGUAACCGGCAACGAUGCAUCUGGAAACAGCAACAGCGACAAGCUAUUCUACUAUAAAGACUACGCAAAGCAUUUGAACAACGGCAAACCAGAUGACGAAGAUUACCCUGUUGGCCCUGGCGACAAAAGUAGACGGAUUGAUUGGAAGGAUGGUACACAGGAGAAACCUAUCCACGGCGAACUCAACGGUCUCAAAUUCACAACCUGGGGUCUUGCAGAAAAAGGAGACUCCGUCACCAAUGUCACCGGCUUUGCAGAUCUAGGUGGUGCCAGGAUGAGAUGUUAUUCCAACCCAAACGCAAAUUGGAAGCAGGAACUCUACAGCGGAAAGAUGUACAACAAAUGCUACGCAAAUUAUUACUGCACCCGAAACGAGCGUAUCAUCCGCCGCACAGUCUACGAUAUCAGUGAUACAGUCGCCAACGUCGAAUUCACAAGCAAAGAAACCCCUGAAGGCAUCCCUGGCUUGGAAACCCAACACACUCUCGCCACACUCCUCAACCAGCUCAAAGACCACGAGAAGAAUAACAUCGACGACGCGCACGAGUACAAAAUCGGUAACGACCGAUCGGGAACCCAAAUGACCUUCUCCGUCGACCGCAAAGAACGUGCAGGCGAUCCUUACUACGAAGAAGACCGCAUCAACCAAGUUGCAGACAUGCUUACCAAAGAACUCAUGCCCAUUCUCUGGAGCAAACAAAAGGAAAGCGGUUGCAAGGCCUGGCCGGUGGGACGUAAUCAAGUUGAGGGGACUUGUCAACACACGGUGCCGUUCCCGAAGCAGAUUACAGUGAGGGUGCAAACGGCGGCGCAAUCGGUGUUGGAUUGGGAUGAUAGGGAUACGGUUAUUAUUGCGAUCAAGCACACAUCUUCCAAGUCUUGCUUUGCGGAGAAGAGUAUUUCGGCGUUGUUGACUGCGGCUUUUAGUGCUGCUUCGGCUGUUGCUACGGGCGGCGCGAGUGCGGCUGCGAGUGGUCUGGGUGUUGUGGUUGGGAAGGCGGUUGCUGGAUCUUGUGGGACGUAG